AUGUGGCCACGGCCUGAUCUGCUUGUGCUCGGUGUUGGGCCGACCAUCCGACCUUUGAGCCCCGAGACGAGAAAACACAUCAGUGCACUCGGCAUGAGGAUUGAGGUCCUUGACACGAGGAAUGCAUCCUCCGAGUUCAACAUGCUAGCGACGGAGAGGGGAGUUGAAGACAUUGCGGCGGCACUGAUACCGCUUGGUUGGGUGGAGGGCAAGGGUGCUGUCGAGUAG